CAUUUCCCAGUGGGCGGCGGGAAUGCCGGGCGGCGUGGGGGCGGGGCCUCACGUCUGGUACAGUCAUCCCAAGCCUUUUCGGUGGGACUGUGAUGGCCGGAGAGAUGACGAUCUUAGGAUCAGCUGUUUUGACUCUCCUGUUGGCUGGCUAUUUGGCACAACAGUAUUUACCAUUGCCUACUCCUAAAGUGAUUGGUAUUGACCUUGGCACCACCUAUUGUUCCGUUGGGGUGUUUUUUCCUGGUACAGGAAAAGUAAAGGUCAUUCCAGAUGAAAAUGGGCAUAUCAGCAUACCCAGCAUGGUGUCUUUUACUGACAGUGAUGUAUAUGUGGGAUAUGAAAGCUUAGAGCUGGCAGAUUCAGAUCCUCAAAACACAAUAUAUGAUGCCAAGAGAUUCAUAGGCAAGAUUUUUACCCCAGAGGAGCUGGAGGCUGAAAUUGGUAGAUACCCAUUUAAGGUCUUAAACAAAAAUGGAAUGGUUGAGUUUUCUGUGACAAGUAAUGAGACCAUCACCGUUUCCCCAGAAUAUGUUGGCUCUCGACUGUUGUUGAAGUUAAAGGAAAUGGCAGAGGAGUAUCUUGGAAUGCCAGUUGCUAAUGCUGUCAUUUCUGUACCAGCAGAAUUUGAUCUGAAACAGAGAAAUUCAACAAUUGAAGCUGCUAACCUUGCAGGAUUGAAGAUCUUGAGAGUAAUAAAUGAACCCACAGCGGCAGCUAUGGCCUAUGGUCUCCACAAGGCUGAUGUCUUCCAUGUCUUGGUGAUAGACUUGGGCGGAGGAACUCUAGAUGUAUCAUUACUGAAUAAACAAGGAGGAAUGUUUCUAACCCGAGCAAUGUCUGGUAAGAAAAAUACAAGGAGAGAAAAGAAAAGUGGAGAAAGUCAGGUUUUAUUUGAAACAGAAAUAUCACGGAAGCUCUUUGAUACCCUUAAUGAAGAUCUCUUCCAGAAGAUACUCAUCCCCAUUCAGCAAGUAUUAAAAGAAGGCCACCUGGAAAAGACUGAGAUUGAUGAGGUGGUUUUAGUUGGGGGCUCUACUCGUAUUCCUCGAAUCCGCCAAGUCAUUCAGGAGUUCUUUGGAAAGGAUCCCAACACGUCUGUAGACCCUGACCUAGCAGUGGUAACGGGAGUGGCUAUCCAAGCAGGGAUUGAUGGAGGCUCUUGGCCUCUCCAAGUUAGUGCUUUAGAAAUUCCCAAUAAGCAUUUACAAAAAACUAACUUCAACUGAAUUCUGGAGGAAUGAUGAUAAUUUGUGAUCUUGUCUGAUGAUCUUUUCCCCUUUAUCAGACUACUUCCUCCAAAAAAGAAAGUCUCUAUCUAAAAUAUCUCACAGAUUUACCUACAUUUAGAUGUAGGAAAAUUUUACAUAGCAUUUUAUUUUAGGAUUAUAUGUGACCAGAUUGAUCCUAUUUGAUUUUGGAGAGAUCCCAUUCUAACAAAUACUUCUGAAAUGAAAGAAUUGAGGUAAAACUCUCUUAUAAGAGUAUAAGUGACUAUAUUUCCUGGAUUCUGGAGGUAGGUAACCAUAGGCACUUAACAUAUUCUGUAAACAUUAAAUAGUGCCAAUUAUGAGAUUCCCAGUUCUUACUAAAUUGUUUUAGCAGGAACUGGUAAUUUCCUUACUUGGUUAUCACAUGUAACUAUUAAUUUGAACUCUACUUGAAGGACAGUAUUGGUGUCAGGUAUUUACAUUGGCUGGGAGAUAGCCGUAUUAUUAAUAUAAGCUGCAUACAUAAUAUUUGAUAACUGCCACAUUAUCUGACAAAUUUUACUUUUCACA